CCACAAUGCCAACGAAACGGUAAAAGUGAAUGCGUCAUAAGACUGCGCCGUUACUCUGGCAACAGCCGUAACAGUUUACUUCUCCGUUAGCCAUUUAGCUAGUUUGUCAGCUUUGGGAAAUAUCAAACCAUAUGCCAAAAAUAAGCUCAGACACACUAUGGGAGAUCGCGGCGGAGGAGGUCCGCUGUCGGGAGGAGGACGAAGGGGAGACGGCUACCGAGAGGACCAGCGAGAGGACCGUGUUUCUGAUGGGGAGCAAGUCUGGGGGUAAAACAUCAAUUCUACUCAGAUGCUUGGACAGAGAUGAGCCAUCUAAACCAACCCUGGCGCUGGAGUACACUUUCGGGAGACGGGCCAGAGGACACAACACACCCAAAGACAUAGCACAUCUCUGGGAGCUGGGAGGAGGGACCUCUUUGUCAGACCUGGUCCAGAUCCCCAUCACUCCUGUCAGCAUCAGGUCGCUAUCUCUCAUCCUCAUUCUGGACCUGUCCAAACCUAAUGCUCUCUGGGGAACCAUGGAGAAGCUGCUGCAGGCAGCACAAGCUCAGCUGGAGAAAGUCUUCACCCAGGCACAGCAAGCAGAGAAGGGCAAACCUGGAGCCAAACACCAGACACCUGCCCACUCAGCAACUCGUGUCUUACCCAAGGACUACCCUGACAGAGAGCUGCUCAGUCCUUUUCCUGUUCCUCUGCUCAUCAUUGGCAGCAAAUACGACAUCUUUCAGGAAUUUGACUCUGACAAGAAGAAAGUGGUUAGUAAAACACUGCGUUUUAUUGCCCACUACUACGCAGCCUCUCUGAUUUUUACAAGCAUCAAGUCGGAGAGCCUCAUGUCAAAAGCUAAGAGCUUCUUCUCUCACCUGGCUUUUGGUGUGGACAGAGGAAAAACUGUGUCCUGUGACUCCACCAAGCCUCUCAUCAUUCCAGCAGGCUCGGACUCAUUCAGCCAAAUAGGCUCCCCUCCUACAACGGACGUGGACGUCAUUUCUCGGCAUGCUAAAACCCCAAAGGACCUCUGGAAGAAAGUGUACGAGAGUGUCUUCCCCCAGGAGGGUACCAGUGAGCAGAGGGAACUAAAGGAUCCAGCCAAAGACCAGCAGUACAAUGAGCCUCAGAUUGAUGCCAUGAGAGCCCAGAAAGACCAGGAACUGGAGCAGUACAAGAGGAAUGCAGCUAAGUCAUGGAAGGGACUGGAGCUGGAGACAUAAUCUGCUUUAUUACACAUAUAAGAACAUAUAUACAGUACACAGUUUGCAUUAUUUAUUCACUGUUUUCCUUCAUUUUUACUACUUUAUACAUAAUUCAUGCAACUUAUUUAACAAUUAACUUUACAGACAAAGCUAUUUUGUAAUAAUAACAUGUCUUCUAAAAAAAAUAAACAUUAUGAAAGCAGA